UUAAUGGAGAAUGGAACAGAAGUGUCAUGGUUCAUCCUGGUUGGACUCACCAAUGACCCACGACUGCAGCUUCCCCUCUUCCUCACCUUCCUCCUCAUCUAUACCAUCACCUUUGUAGGAAACUUGGGGCUGAUCCUGUUGAUUCUCUUGGACUCUCGGCUCCACACCCCCAUGUACAUUUUCCUGAGUAACCUGUCCUUAGUGGAUUUCUGCUACUCUUCAACAGUUACUCCAAAGGUCAUAGCUGGAAUCCUUACAGAAGACAAGAUCAUGUCCUACAAUGCUUGUGCCUCCCAGAUGUUCUUUUUCGCAAACUUUGCCAAUGUAGAAAACUACCUUUUAGUCUCCAUGGCUUAUGAUCGCUAUGCAGCAGUAUGUAAGCCCCUACAUUAUACUACCACCAUGACAAAACGUGUGUGUGCAUCUUUAGUCAUUGGCUGUUAUAUCUGUGGUUUGCUGAAUGCUUCCAUAUAUACAAUGGAUGCAUUAAGUCUCUCCUUCUGUGAGUCCAAUGUGGUCCAUCAUUUUUUCUGUGAUGUUUUGGCAGUCAUGAUUAUAUCUUGCUCUAAUAGACAUGUUAACGAACUGAUUCUUGUUUAUUUAGCCAGCUUCAAUGUAUUUUUUGCCCUUAUACUCAUCUUAAUAUCAUAUACAUUCAUUUUUACCAACAUACUAAAGAUGCAUUCAGCUGCUGGUUAUUGCAAAGCUCUCUCCACUUGUGCCUCACACUUAACAGCUGUCUCCAUUUUCUAUGGGACAAUCAUAUUCAUGUACUUGCAGCCCAGCUCCAGUCACUCCAUGGACACUGACAAAAUCGCAUCUGUGUUCUACACCAUGGUCAUCCCUAUGUUGAACCCUCUGGUUUACAGCCUGAGAAACAAGGAUGUGAAAAGUGCAUUCACAAAGAUUGUAUUGAAGUCAAGAUGA